GGAUCUUAGGGAAGAGAAAAAGGAGCUAAAAUCGAGUCCCUUAAGACCAAAGCCGUACGUCUUUUGUGCGUCUCACUUCUAACGAUUUGGGGCAUCGAUUUUCCUUUCAAUUCCAUCGUGUAAAUUGUACAUUAAAAAGCUGCAAGAAGGAGAUGCAAUGCAUGUCCAUUAUACUUUAAAGAACAAAAGGGGGGAUGGUAUGCUUUGGUGUUCCCCUGCUUUUUCACGGUGAUGCUACGAACUCCCAUUAUUCAACCCCUUUUUCGUAAGACCAACCCGACAUUCUGUGAAAAAUGUGCAACGACGUUUCGACGGUAAGCGAAAGGUAUCCUAAGCUUGCUUUUACACGGCGGCACACGAAAUUUCCGAGAUUAGCCGAAAUCUUGUUCCGAGGAGAUUUGCCAAAGUGACAGUACCCUAUUUCGAUGUUUCCUCGUUCCACGGAAAUUCGCUUAAGGAUAAAGUUCCAUCUUCGGAUUUUGAAAUUUAACUAAAAAAUUGCAAUAUACUGCUAAAGGAAAAAUCUCGUAUCAAUGGAACGCGUCACGCGACGAUCUGAUAUUCUUCGAAAGUAAUCCAAUGGUCGAAAUACUUCGUUAGCCGUCUUUUGUAAGAGCGACGAUCGAAGCGAUACGCUCGAUUCGACCUUACGUUCAGAAGAAAACGACGACGCGGAAGGGUGCGUUGCGUUGCAUGAAAUUUGUUACGGUGGCACGAGCCGUGUUAGCGCACGACACGUGUACGACAAUGACAACGAUCGGCCGGCAUGGAAUUCGAUUCUUGACUAGGGGAUGCUGCACGCUUGCCGCUCGCACAAGUGUGGGUGGCUGUAAUAGAACUAAAGGGAUACGCUUGCGCCGGACGAUGUCUACCCCAUCUUCCCGUUGACUUCAGGUGAGGGAAAGCGGGGCGUGUGCAAGGACAGAUGGCAGGGCGUCUCUCCCGGGCCGUGUCGCAUGCACUGUCAGUUUCGCUCGGAUAUUCGUACACGAGUUUUAUCGUGCUUGUUCUACGACCAUCGUGCUCCUCGCAGAGAACUAAACUCUCGACACGCUCGAUUCUCCUAUCUUUCUCUCAUUCGCGCGUAACCUCGAAUCGUUUUAAAUCGUUGACAAAUAUAUAUAUUUUGUUUCGUUCUUUAAAACUGGCUGAUCAAGGAAAUCGAGUUGGCCGUCGCUUCGAAAUCGUCGGGGCAAUUUGAUUUGCAUAAUAGAAUACACUGGGGAAAGGAAACGAGACACGAUCGGAUAUAUCUUUUACUCGUACUGUUUUACGGAAUACUGCUACUUUACCGAGAGAGAGAGAAAAAAAUAGACGCUGACGGAUUACCCAACGAGCGUAUAAAAGGCAUGUUGUAGCGGGAAGACGGGAAUAGUCGUGUAUCGAGGAAACAAGAGGCUAUGAGGAAGAAGUAUCGAGGACGAUUUCAAUGCAUCCCGACGCGUAGAUCCCGAAUAGCAAAGACAUAAUGGCGACAUCGAGUGAAAAACCGAAGGAAAAUCGGAUGCUAUCGAUUCGUCCGAUACUACUUUCUCCUCGAUUUUAAUUCCGCGCCUUUGUCGCGAGAUGCUAUAUAGAACGAUCGUUUCUGGAUUAUUGCGUCACCGUGGGAGGAAAUUAACGCAGCGUAGAAGGGAUAUCAUCGAAAUAAUUGAUAAGUGAAACUCGUGAUUAAAAUACUUGACACCCGUAACAAAUUCUAUUUCAUCGUGAACAAGCCGAGAUCAGUUCUGGUGUACAUUUAUUCGAUACCGCGACGGAUAUAUCGAACAACAUCGUGGAUCGACUAUGAGAGAGAGAAAUAGAAAAUGAAGGGUUUAUUUUUUACCCUCAGUUUAUUAUUUUCCGUGCAAGGACUUGCCCGGAGCACGUCCGAUCAGGAGAUGUACGAGAAUCGGUCGCUAGAACCGCUCGACCGUGGACCGUACUUUGAUGUGUCAGCUUCUCGAAAUGUCACCGCGUUGGUCGGCAAAACAGCCACCUUAAACUGUCGUAUACGGAAUUUAGGCGACCGCACGGUGUCAUGGGUGAGGCACAGGGAUAUUCAUCUUUUGACUGUCGGUAUCCAAACAUACACUUCGGAUCAACGAUUUGUGGCAUCACACUUUCCUAGAACCGAAGACUGGACUCUUCAAGUAAAAUAUCCUCAACGACGUGACUCAGGGACCUACGAAUGCCAAGUGUCAACCACACCUCCGAUCGGUCAUUCCAUGCAUCUCUCGGUUGUAGAGCCUGUCACAUCGAUCGUCGGCGAACCAGAAAUGUUCAUAAACAAAGGCAGCACUAUGAACCUAACCUGUGUGAUACGUCACAGUCCAGAACCACCGAGCGCCAUUUAUUGGACCCACAAUCACGAGGUGAUCAACUACGACAGUCCAAGGGGCGGUGUAUCGGUGAUCACGGAAAAAGGAGAAGUUACAACCUCGUAUCUUCUGGUGCAACGUGCUCAGCCUGCUGAUAGCGGACACUAUACCUGCCAUCCAAGUAACGCCAACACAAAAACCGUACUGGUACACGUACUUAACGGGGAACAUCCAGCAGCAAUGCAACACGGUGGCCAACUCAGACUGGCGAAUCUACCCUUCGUAAUGAUCUCAACGACUCUGCUGGCUUUCCUGAAUCAUCGUUAUUGAAAAGCAACCAGCACAGGGAUCAGGAGACGCCCGUUUCCCUGGUUACGUUUACAUCGCUGGUUGCUGCUUUCUCAAAGGAGGACAAGAAGGACCUUGAUCAACAUAGGACUGGCAGUCAUCGUGAAAGUAUACGAAUACCAUUAUUCAAAAGAAAAUGAUACCUGUUGAUGGAACGAUAAGUGAUCUCUGUCGUGUUUCUGGUUGAAAAAAAGAUCCAUGACUGAAUGAAAAAAUCGGUGUAAGAGUUUGGACCAUUCUAGAGCACAGUUAUGUGCUGAAUGUAUCUAAAAAAAAAAAGUAGUCUGUUGUCUUGAGAUAAAAAAGAAUUCAUGUACAGAGUGUUCCAGAAUGAAAAUCUUCUAUUAGCUAUAAUACUCUAUUCAUUCCUGUAGAUUUUUCAUUUUAUAAUAAUGAAAUACCCUAGAGCCUCCCUCCAUAAAAACAGCAUUUUUAAUAGAAUGAAGGAAACACGUUAAAAAUAGAUAUUACAGAAUAUAAUUCUAAUGUAAUAUUUAAUGAGAUGGUUGUACUAAAAUAUGUAUGAACACCAGGAGCCCUUGAGAACCUUCUAAGUAUUCAUCAUGGCAAACCUGAAGCCACUUCCUCAUAAAUAUAAGAUUGUAAUUCAUUAACAACUCUGCCACUUCUAUUCGUAUUCUGGAAUACUCUGUAUCUAAAGGAAACAUAAAAACGCUAUCGGUGGUAGUAAUAUAGUUCGUUCAAGCGAACCGAUUAACAUCGGGAGAGAAAAGGGUGUACGAUUUUUUUAUUUGCUGUGUUACGGUCACAAGACAAUACGCUGUACUUGCCAAAGGAAACGUACGAAUUAUUGUUGAAACAAUGCGAUUAAGAUUUUUAAUUGUUCUGUUAAUAUACGAUACGUAACUCUAUAUGGUAUACAUAUGCAUAUAAUAUAUAUAUAUAUAUAGGAAGAAAGACUAUGUUAUACUUGGAAACAAAUGGCAAAGAAUCGCCAGGAAUUUGUGUUCAGUUGUAAAAUGGUGGAACGUGAAUCACCUUUGACCACGUUAAAUUGAGGAUCUGGAUUAGAAGCGUGAAGUAAAGCUGGAUUAUCUUCGAAUUGAAUCUAUACGUUCGGCAAAUUGUAGUUUCAAAUGGAGAAAACUGUUUCGCGCCGUAAAAAGAGAAAGAUCGUUAAUGAUUUUUUACUCAAUUUGUUUCUUUUUGGUUCUAUCCGGCGAGUGUAUUGAUGUCUGAACGAACUAGCGGCUUUUAACAGUGAUUCUAAACGAUUCUUGGACUAUGUUCAGAUUGGAACCGCAUGAAAUUACUUGUCAUACAUAUACGAAUUACCGUAAUUUGUGCACCUCAUAGAAAAUUGCUGAUACAUUGCUAUUAAGAGUCAGCAACAUUGAACCAGGAAAUGAUAAAUUGUACUUAAACCGGUAUUUUCUUGAUAAUGACACAGUAUUUCUAAUAAGAACAUAGUCCUGAUUUAGUAACCGAUACUACCGGUAAUCAAUUAUCGCAGUAUGGAAAACGUUGAACUAAAAACUUUAUAAGGAUCUAUGAUUAGAAGCGGUGUAUGAUGAUGAAUUUCGUAUACUAUUCGGUCUGAGGUUUCACGUUGUCUGUUCUGCAAUAUUCUGAAACGGCUAAAUACGGUCCACAGUUUUUGGGCAUCUCAGCUCAGGGUAUACUUCCACACCGUUUCUGGUGACGUAGAAUCGCAAUUUAUAAAGUGUUCAUUGUGUAUUAAGCAUUUUAUUUCGUCAUCGGUGUACACAUGAAAGUGCAACACACAUAUUUAGCAAGAAUGAACGAUCAUUUAUUGUUAGAUUUCAUCUACGUUGACCUGUAACAGGUCUUUACAUAAAGUCUGCUACACGAACAAACUAAUUUUCAUCUAUUGUUAAGUGGAAGCCAAAUUGAAAAAGAGAUAAACAUGGUGAGAAAUGAAGAAUGUUGAAUGAGUGGACCUACUUAGAUUGGGAAAUUAAUUCUAUAAUUGGACCAGAAUUAACGACUGUUGUAUUUUAUUUAGAUAAGUUUUCAAACGAUAAGCGUCUAUUACGUACACGUUGUUAACAAAAAGAUCAAGUUUCUCUUAGUAAUCGUCAUGCGUGAUUUUUCGUGUGAAUGUGAGCAUAUAAGAGAAAAAGAAAAAAAAAACGGAAGAAUGGUAAAGCAAAUGAAAAAUAUUUCAAUAAUCGAAUUAAGGGAAAUUGAUUCUAUAAUGGUUACAUAUGUUUAAAGAUUAAUUGCAAAGUAGUUUAAGCGCGUUAUACACAAACUGAAAUACAGUUUCUGUUGUAGCUGUAAAUUAUUUGUGUUAUAUUACAAUAUAUGAUUCUUUUA